CAGCAUAGACGCGCAUUAAACGUAUCAACGAAGAAGAAGUACAGCAACAUGGCGUCAGCUGUCACAGUGUUUUUGUUGUCAUUUUUGUCCAACUUAUUGUUUAUUUUGGAAGCAGCGGACAGCGAUUUCCUGAGUACGUUAGGCGCAUGCUACAAACCUAUGCGGGACGGUAGACCUACAUCUGUCAAGACAUAUCCCAGACCACAUGAAUACCUUAAUGUAUCUGAGCUGCCAGCAGUUUGGGACUGGAGAAACAUUGAGGGGAAAAACUAUGCCAGCAUCACGAGGAACCAACACAUUCCACAGUACUGCGGCUCGUGCUGGGCCAUGGGAUCUAGCAGUGCAAUUGCCGACCGUAUCAACAUCAAGCGUGGUGGUACGUGGCCAUCAGCCUAUCUGUCUGUCCAGAACGUGAUAGACUGUGGCCAUGCUGGGUCCUGCUACGGAGGAGACCACACAGGGGUGUACCAAUACGCUCACCAGAAGGGCAUCCCCGACGAGACGUGCAACAACUAUCAGGCUAAGAACCAAAAGUGUGAGCUGUUCAACCAGUGUGGGACCUGUUCCUCUGAUGCGUGUGCUGUGGUGCAGAACUACACCCUGUGGAAGGUAGGAGACUACGGGGAGGUGUCAGGACGAAACCAGAUGAAGGCUGAGAUAUACACCAACGGGCCAAUCAGCUGCGGUGUGAUGGCUACGAAGGGCCUGGAGGCGUAUCGUGGUGGUGUGUUUGCCGAGUUCCACCCCUUGUCUCUAAUGAACCAUAUCAUCUCAGUAGCAGGCUGGGGGGUGGCGGAGGACGGGACGGAGUACUGGGUGGUCCGCAACUCCUGGGGAGAGCCUUGGGGAGAGUACGGCUGGGCGAGGAUCGUAACCAGUGCUUAUAAAGGAGGGAAAGGUAACUGGUACAACCUGGCCAUAGAGAAGAGCUGUGCUUACGGAGACCCCAUCAUUACGUAGAGGACAAGAGGAAACGAGUGUCAUAACCAUCAGCCGACUGACCUGAUCACUGAAUAUUAAUACUGGAGAAUACCGUGCGUCACUCAAAACAGUUGAUCGGUGCUGCCGUCAACAGGAAGUGGUGUCAAAUGGUUCCCAUAGUAGGACGUUCAAGUUGAUAGGGACAUCGUUAAAAAAACAUAUUAGAGUCAAGAUUCUGAUCUAGGAUCAGUUUAUCCUUUUAGAUUGUAGUGAAUAAGAACUACAUUGACAGAGAGGAUCUGAUCUGAGAUCAGCACUCCUACGCUUUGUGAAUAUAGGACCUGGAGCCUACUUUCGUCCUUCAUUAGUAGCCUCUCUCCUCCUCUCCUACCUCCUUCUCUCCUACUGCCUUCUCUCCUCCUCUCCUACCUCCUCUCUCCUCCUCCCCCAACUCCUCUCUCCUCCUAUCUCCUCCUUUACUCCUCCUCCUACCU